AGAUUGGAAUUAGAAAAUAUUAUUUUUAUAUAAUAUUUAUCGAUAAAAAUGGAUUAGAGUAAAUAACAAAUAAAGAAUGAACUCUUAAAUUUGAGUUUUACAGAAGAACAAAUAGCUCAAGUAUUACCGAGUGCUGAUAGUGUAGAAUAAGCUGUCGAGUUACUAUUAGCAUUAUAAGAAGGACAACACACGAUGAAAUAAAAUGUCGGGUUAUUUGCAGAAAUUGAUGCCAUAGAAUUUGAUAAUCAUAUGCAAUCAGAAAUCGAUUUUAAUAAGAGAUAUAAAAUGGUAUGUGUGGUGAGAAUGGAUUUAAAAAUGGGCAUAGGGAAAAUAGCAGCAUAGACAGGACAUGCAGGUAUACUAUGAUAGUUAUUUAUAGUAUUGGGAGCAUAUAAAUAAGUAUUAAAUAGUAAGUAUGAAUUAUUAUAAAAAUGGGAAGGAAGUGGUUAAGCAAAGGUAGUACUGAAAUGCGAGAGUCAAAAUGAAUUGCUUGAUAUAGAAGCGAAGGCAAGACAGAAUGGACUCAACACCUAUUUAGUAACAGAUGCAGGUAGAACAUAAGUAAGAAUGAAUCCCCCAAUCUUAGGUUUAACCUGGAAGUUAAACUGUUUGUGCAAUCGGACCUGCUGAUUGUGAUCUCAUAGAUUAAGUGACUGGCCAUUUAAAAUUGUUGUGAUAUCAAAAAGAUAUUUAAUAGUAGAA